UCAUGUCAGCAAUCAAUAUAAGACGACGCCUGAACCACACUAGCAAGUCGCUAAAACUCAGCGCUAUAGUAACGCUUUAUCUCUUCGCACCUUCGCAUAUAGAAAUAUACGACCGAACGCGAAGCAUACAAAAUUAACGGUGUUAUAUUGUUAAACUUGAUUUAUAAGCCCAAUUUUAUCGCUCUUCAAAAGUUUAAAGUUUUAUAAUUCUAAAAUAUGCAUACACGUGUGUUAAUAUUCAUAAUUUUUGCACUUGUGCUGAUUGUUUCCAAUUUUUGUACAACAACUGAGGCGCAUAAAGUGAUCUUCUAUAAUCAAAAGCCCUCCGUGCGGAAAAGUCAAUUGCUCUCGACACAGAUCAUGUCGCAACCAUGCCCAAGGGGCAAAAUGCGUGAUCAUCGCAAUCGUUGUAGGCGUGCCAUUAUAUUUAGUAGAAAACAGAAAUAAAUGGCGCAGGGCAUACACUCAUUAUCGAAGAAGCAUGCUUGAAAUGUUUAUCACUGAGAGUAAUCGCGUGGAAUUCAUCGAAUGGAACUGGCAUACGCCGAUGCUCUGACGCCACUGUGUGACUCUCAGUGUUUUCUCUUCGGUGAAGAGAUAAGGCGGUGCGAGACUUUAGUAUAAGUUUUUUAUGUUGUUAGGUAUUCGAUUAUAUUUAGAUAAAAAUUAACAAUAUAUAAACAAAAUUUAUAUUUACGUUAAGUAAGUGUGUGUGUGUGUGUGUG